CUAAAUAUUAACGCGCGAAAGUUUACAAACUGAAAGAUGGAAGUAACAAAACAAAGGAGACUGAAGGCAUCCAAGCUUAGUGGUGAUCGAGAUAAGAGUCGUUUCACACAUAAUCUGCUGUUUUACACGCUGCCUCCGAAAGAUGUGAUUUCUUUGCAGGAAUUUGAGGACUAUGCCGUGGAAAGACUAAAACUGCUGAAAGCUAUAGAAAAUGCAGGAGCGAAGCACCUCAAAGGAUCAGAUGAAUACAAUAAUUCAGUGAGGGAUGAACUUAAAAAGUUCAUCAAUCACAGCAGCAAACCAAAGAAUGGAAGCAUCUAUGACAUGAGUGAUAAGGAGUAUGAUGAUAUAAGAAAGGACCUCAUCUCCCACUUUGUGCUCAGGCUGGCUUACUGCAAGUCAGAUGAAUUGCGCAGGUGGUAUAUUCAGCAAGAGACGGACCUGUUUAGAUACAGGUUCUCAGUGGAAAGUAAAGAGAGCAUUCAGAUGUUUUUAAAGGAAAACAAGCUGAAUUAUUCUCCAAUUCCAUUUGAGGAAAAGCAGGGCAUACUUAAAAAGCUUGCAGAUUCACACAAAGAUAUGACCAUCUCUUUAGCAGAGGCCACAGACUUUUAUAGGGUGCCGUUCACAGAAGCCCUAGACCUGGUCAAAGCAAGGAAGGUCUAUGUCCACAGGGGAUAUGUGUAUGUCCCCUACAAUGAGCUAGUUUCUAUAAUUCUCGGUGUUUUCAGAACACAUUUGUCCCAUGCUUUAGCAGUAAUAUGUAGGGCACUACCUCACAUGGAGGAACAAGACAGGUUGCUGCCUAUGUUGAGUGGCCUCAGUAAGAGAUACCUGGGACAAGACUACUCCAACAGGAAACCUACAGGAGGACAGGUUACAGCAGCCAUGAUUGAUAUGCUCUCCAAGAAGUCCUUCCCUCUGUGUAUGUUACAACUUCAUGAUGGUCUGCGUCGAGAUCACCAUUUACGCCAUUGGGGGCGUAUGCAGUAUGGCCUGUUCCUAAAGGCUAUAGGUCUCUCACUGGAGGAGGCCCUCAAGUUCUGGAAGGAUGAGUUUACUAAGGGACCCAUUGAUCCUGAUAAGUUUGAUAAACAAUAUGCUUACAACAUUCGCCACAACUAUGGUAAAGAGGGCAAGCGGGCAGACUACACUCCAUAUAGCUGUCUGAAGAUUAUCACCUCUAAUGCCCCAGGUCCUGGGGAUGGACAUGGUUGCCCCUUCCGUCACAGUGAUUCAGAUAUGCUACGGCAAAAACUUUCCAAUUUGAAAAUUGGCAAAGAGAAUUCAGAAGCAGUGAUUAGCAAGGUGAAAGAAGGACAUUACCAGAUUGCUUGUAAAAUGGUUUUUAACUUCACACAUGGAAUACAAGAAGAGGAGGCAAGUUUUGCACUCCAGCACCCCAACCAGUACUUUGAGGAAAGUCAAAGGUUAAUUAAUGGAGGAAAGGAGGAUGGAAAGUCAUCUCAGGGUAGCUUUACCCCUGUGACUCCUCACAGCACCCCCAGGACUUCUCAGAAUUCUCAGAAAUCCAGUCAACCAAUACCCAUGAAGAUGGAAGAUGUGAAUGACGAGGACAUUUUGCAAGCACUGGAGAAUGCACAAAACUGAAUUUUCAGCCUUUUAAAAACAAUGCCAGCUACAUUGGUUUUUCAGCAAGCGCACCAUCUUGAAUAAAAACAGAAGUACUAGACUGACAUCAUACUUAGAUUAAUCUAAACUGUGCUUUUUUAAUGCAUAUGUAAAAAUGAAACCCAGGAAAUUUUCCAUAAAAUUCUGUUUAGUGUGAAAUUGAUAAAACAUCGAUUUUAGGAAAGCUUUAUUGCUCAUAUUUGUUACCAAAUUGUAUCUAUUGCUUGAUUGCAAGAAGAACAUGAUUUUAAAAGGAGCCACGUUGUAAACUGGCAAUUACACUACAGAUUUGUAGGUUUGUUUUUUGUUGUACAUUUGAUAUAUUUCAGUGUCUAGGACAGACCAAUAAUUUAUAUUUAUUAAGAAUAACAAGGAUCAUCUUUAAUAGAAGUAUUCUUAUUAUGAUGAUUAUAUAUAAAAUCAAGAAAUAAAUAUUCAUGCUCAAUGGAGACUAGAUUGCUUUCUUCAUAGCAUUAUGUAACCCCAAUUCAGCUGCAAUAUAAUAUGGAUAGUG